UAGCAAGCUGUUGCUCGCUGGAGGAAAGAAUUAACAACGGAAAUAUAAUGAGCAGGUGACUGGUGUCCCCGGAGCUUGCUUCAGCUGAAUUCUCUCGUUCUCCUUUUCUCUUGAACCCACGCACGCAUGUUGUUGGGAGAUGGAGAAUUGGAGACAAUGUGCCAACUGGCUGAUUGAUUGUAAGGUGCUGCCCCCGAAUCACCGUGUGACCUGGGAGAACGCUCAAGUUUGUGACCUUGCCUGGGCACUGAGGGAUGGCGUCCUCCUGUGCCAGCUUCUUAACAACCUUCAGCCUCAUUCUAUCAAUCUCAAGGAGAUCAACCUCCGACCGCAGAUGUCCCAGUUUCUCUGCCUCAAGAACAUUAGGACAUUUUUAAAUGCUUGCUGUGAUAAGUUCAACAUGAAGAAGAGUGAACUAUUUGAAGCCUUCGAUCUGUUUGAUGUCCGAGAUUUUGCUAAGGUUAUUAACACGCUAUCGUUCUUGUCCUACACCCCUGUGGCACAAAGCAGAGGCAUCUGCUCCUUCCCGUCUGAGGACAGCUUGCCCGAUGAUGAGAUCUACAGUGGGCUCUCUGACGUUAUUGAUGAUACAGGAGAGGAAGAUGAUGACCUUUAUGAUUGCGUGGAGGAUGAAGAUGAUGAAGGUGGUGAAAUCUAUGAAGACCUGAUGAGGACUGAGGUGAUGAUGGCACCGAGACAGACAGAACUUGACAAACGGGCCUGUUGCCUUCAGGAGAUCAAACAGACAGAGGAGAAAUACACACAAACGUUAGAAUCCAUUCACCAGCAUUUUUACAAACCACUGCAACGAUUCCUUGAACCCCGAGAUCUAGAGGAUAUAUUUCUCAACACUGAGAAAUUGUUGAAUGUGCACAAGUCUUUAUCAGAAGAAAUCCAAACCUCUAUCAGCUUAAAUGAUGCCCAAAACCUCUACGAAAUCUUCAAUAACUACAAGAAAAGGUUGCUUCUGUAUGGAAGAUACUGCAGCCAGGUAGAGGCAGCCACAAAGCACCUGGACAAGAUUGCAAACACAAGGGAAGACAUACGGUUGAAAUUGGAGGAAUGCUCCAAAAGGGCUAACAAUGGAAGAUUCACCCUUCGAGAUCUGUUGAUGGUGCCUAUGCAAAGAGUCCUCAAGUACCAUCUCUUGCUGCAGGAAUUAGUUAAGCACACCACAGACCCCAGAGAUAAGGACAACCUGCGAAUGGCUUUGGAUUCCAUGAGGGAUUUAGCGCAGUGUGUGAAUGAAGUGAAACGGGACAGUGAGACCCUCAAGCAGAUCACCAGCUUCCAGUGUUCAAUAGAAAACCUGAACCAAUCCUUGGCCAAUUAUGGACGGCCCAAGAUGGACGGAGAGCUCCGGCUAAUGACUGUGGACAAACGUUCCAAGCAGGACAGGUAUGCGUUCCUGUUUGACAAAGCUGUCAUUAUCUGCAAACGUAAAGGAGAGAACUACGAAAUGAAAGAAAUAAUUGAUCUGGGCUUUUACCAGAUAAAAGAUGACCCAAUGUCCAGCAGAGAUAGCAAAAAGUGGAGCCAUAUGUUCCUCCUCAUUGACACACACCGGCAACAUGGCUAUGAGUUCUUCUUCAAGACCCGAGAGCUGAAGAAAAAGUGGCUGGAACAGUUCGAAAUGGCUUUGUCGAACAUCUUCCCCGAUAAUGGCUUGGCGAAUAACCACGACUUUCUGAUGUACUCGUUUGAUGAUUCAACAACGUGUAAAGCCUGUCGGAUGUUGCUCAGGGGUACCUUCUUCCAGGGCUAUCGUUGUACCAGGUGCAAGUCUGCAGCUCAUAAGGAAUGCCUAGGAAGGGUCCCUCCAUGUGGCAAGCAAGAUACAGGAACUUCAACGCUGACUAAGAGUAGAAGCAAUCGAACUCCACCUGCCCGACAACAUACAACAGGUCUGCCCAAGACAGAAGUUUGCCAAGAGUAUUACGGGAUGCCUCCACCGCCUGUGGCCUUUGGACCUGCUUUGAAGCUGCAUUUAGGGGAUAUAAUUGAGCUCACGAAAGCGGAAGUAGAACAACAGUGGUGGGAGGGAAGAAGCACGUCCACAAAUGACAUUGGUUGGUUUCCAUGUAAUAAAGUAAAACCCUUUCUUUCUGCUGUUACAAAAGACUAUUCCAGCUAUUCAUGGUAUGCUGGUCCAAUGGAACGCUGUCAGGCAGAAGCUAUGUUGGGCAGUCGCUCAGACGGCACCUACCUAGUGAGACAGAGAGUGAAGGAUGCCGGGGAGUUUGCUAUCAGCAUCAAGUACAAUGUAGAAAUAAAGCACAUCAAGGUGACAACAGCAGACAGUUUAUUCCGUUUGACAGACAAGAGGGCAUUCAAGUCAUUAUUGGAUCUGGUGGAAUUUUACCAACGUAACUCUCUAAAAGAAUGCUUUAAGUCAAUGGAUACAACUUUACAAAAUCCUUUCAAGGAACCUGAGAAAAGAAUGGUUCCGAAAUUGCCAGGGGCCAGCUUGAAGUGCUACGGGACAGCAAAGGUUCGGUACGACUUCUCGGCAAGGGACCGCUCGGAGCUAAGUCUGAAGGAAGGAGAUGUGGUGAAAAUUAUUAACAAGAAGGCAUCACCUGGAUGGUGGAAGGGCGAGGUCUAUGGCAAGGUCGGCCUAUUCCCUGCCAAUUACGUAGAGGAAGAUUAUUCAGACUACUGCUAUUGAAGGACUUCUGUCUUCAUCGUUGUUCAUGGAAACAUUUUCCCUGGAUGCAAAGAUAAUGCUACAUCAGGACAAAGAUUCUUCUGUGUGGUUGUCCUCAUCCAGAAUAUUUCAAUGUCCUAGCCAUCUAAAAUGUAUUAACCUCCAGUCCCAUUGUGAAGCUAGAAAUAACAAAAAACUAAGAAAAUUGGGUUCUGUAAAGUCCCAGAACCACAUCUCUGUAUUCUUGGACUAAAAAGAAAUCCACUAUUCUUUCAGAUUGAAGAAUAUUUUGAUCUUUCUGUAUUUAUUAAUACAGUUUAAA